AUGCCGAAGCAGAUCACCGACAUCCGUGACUUCCUGCAGAAGGCGCGCCGCAAAGAUGCCCGCUCGGUGAAGAUCAAAAAGAGCGACAAGGUCGUCAAGUUCAAAAUCCGUUGCUCCAAGUACCUGUACACGCUUUGCGUGACGGACACGGAGAAGGCUGACAAGCUCACGCAGUCCCUGCCUCCUGGUACGACGCUAAAGCUCUGGGGUGUGACAACAUGCAAGUGCGGCGCAUAAUAAAGCUCGGUCUUCUUAAGCUUUUUCAACGUUGGACGAUGGUGGUAGAUCUGCUGUAGAUGAAUAUCAACAGGGGAUUGGCCUUGGCAGGGCCUUACAGGUUACAACAGGGGCAUCUUUCGUAACAGCUUCUCUCUCGAUCCGCUUGCUGACUUGUUGGACGGACGGACGCUGAGGGAAGCUUGGGAAGUCACAAAUACCAUCUACUUCAUCCGGAGA